UGAGUCGACUAAAAAUAGGAAUUGGGGUCAUUCAGGACCAAGUCGACUUCCUGAUGUAAUGAUCUCAAAAAAAUAUGAAGGAUCCAAUCACAAGUGGGAGUUUGGAUUUUCGGAAGUCAGUUAUGCCCCAUAUUCGUUUGAGGAAGAUCAUUAUUUUGAAGACAUGACACGACUAGCUAAAUUUUCUAAGGACGAUUGGAAUCAUGGAUUGAAAUAUAUAACAAGUUAUGAUAUACCCGAAGCUAAAGACAUUUGGGAUCAAUUUAAUCAUAUAAUGAUUCAUUUCCAUAAAACGACGAUGGACAUUUACGUUCUAGACUGUGAGAUGAAACCAUUCCACAGAAUGAUCUUGAUUAAAUCAACAGAAAUACCAUUACUUAACAACAACGGCAAUUUGAUAAUCGAGCAAGUGUGCAAUCUAUGUGAAUCGAUACUAUUCGCAAAUAACUUGGUCUCCGAAAAUAUUAGGAAAAUAGAUUCAAUAAAUCAAUUAAUGACAGACAAAUCACCAGUAACACCAAAAACGCCAGAACGAAAUAAUAUAAUCCCGACAAUUGACUCACCAGAUGAUUAUGCACAAU